UCCGCUCAGCAGUAGCUGUGUCAGUCAGCAAAGCAACAUGCUCCUCUCCAUUCUGCAAGUGACACAUGUGUCAACUGUAUUGAUUCCGACUGGAAUAUAGCCUCAAUUUUAUAUCAAAAGUUUUUGCUACAUCAAGAGGUCAUUCAAUUAUAGAACCUGGUAUAGUUCGUCUAUCCCAAAGAAUUCAGAAGAAUGUCUGAAUUUAUCAAACAAAUCUUUCUAAGAGUCAUUGGUGCUGUAUAUAGUAUUUGGGUUCUACUGAAGAUUUUAAAAGAAUGCUUCACAGUUGGAUUCUCUGAAGUGUUUGCCAAGAAACCAAUUGCCAGACCUGCUUGUCUAGAUGAUACACGUCUAGGUAAUCAUGGAUUUCUUACUUUAACAGAUAUCAAGAUUCAUUAUGUUGCAAGUGGCCCUGAAGAUAAACCUCUGAUGCUAUUUAUCCAUGGAUUUCCAGACUUUUGGUUUUCAUGGAGAUAUCAAAUCACAGAGUUCCAGAAGGAUUACAGAGUUGUUGCUUAUGAUCAAAGAGGUUAUGGUGAAUCUGAAAAGCCAAAGCAUGUUAGAGACAACAGAGUCAAUAAGUUGACUUCAGACUGCAGACAGAUAGUGGAAGCUCUGGGAUACCAGUCCUGUGUUCUAGUGGGUCAUGACUGGGGUGCACUUGUUGCUUGGGAAUGCUGUCGCCUGUUUCCUAAAAUGGUGGAUAGACUAAUUGUUAUUAGUGGACCACCUCCAUUGAUUUUUAAACAAAUAUUUGAAAAUGACAGAGAGCAACAAAAGUUGUCCUGGUAUUGCUUGUUUUUUCUUCUUCCCUACCUGCCCGAGCUUUAUCUAAGAAUGAAGAACUAUGAAGCUUUAGAGAGCUGUUUUGGCAUUAAGAAAACUGGAGGCCUGUGUUUCUCUGGCCCACUUCAUAAGCCCAUGACAACUGAAGAGCUAAAUGCUUACAAAUAUGUAUUUUCUCAGUCAGGUGCCUUAACUUCUGCACUGAACUACUACAGAGCCAUCUUAAGUGAAGUGAUACCAGUACCUCCAGAUUACAAGUACACAGUGCCUUCUCUUUUGCUAUGGGGAUGUUCAGAUAAGUGCCUCACAAAUACUGCUCCGGAUUUAGUUGAAAAGCAAAUUGACAAUGUAACAGUGAAACGUUUCAAGGAUGCUGGGCAUUUUGUUCAGAUGGAUCAGCCAGAUGAAGUCAAUCAAACAAUAAGGAAAUGGCUUAGGGAAUUGAAAUAAAAAGCAAAUUGUCUCAAACACAUAUAAAAAAAACAACUAUAGGGCACCUUAAAAUAAAGGCAUUUAAAAAUUUAAAUAAAGAAUGUAAACAAAAUCUUUUGUUGAUAACACUAAGGCAACUAAGAAACGUAGAAUCUCAUGACACAAUUAUAAAUUAUCAAAGGCCUAAACUGUUGCAAAAAUAUUUACUCAUAUAAAUAACAUUAAUAUUUUGAAACCUUUGAUUUAUUAUGUAUAUUUUCUAUACUAAAACUAUUUCAGUAAAAUUUCCAUCUUUUAAAUUAAAAUCUUUUUUUUUCACCCUACAAAAUAUAUAUUUUGGAUAAUAAAGUUGAAAAAAAAAAAGACAAUAGAAAAUGAAAUUUAUACUGUUAAAUUGGAUUCUGUUAAAGAAUACUUAUUAAACAUGUAUAAAGAAGCCUUUUUAUGCUAAAUCUAUAAUUCAUUUCUUAUUCAUAUUUUAAUUUUUUUUAUUAUAUAUAGGAUUUAAAGUGUGAUCCUGCCGUUGUCUUUUUUGUUUAUAAAGCAUUCAUAUUCAUUCUUUAAUUUUUCUUUCAUUGUUCAUAUUAGAAAUGCCUUAGUUUUCGACUUAAGACUUUUUCUAAUGUUUUUGAGUAAACAUAGUUUACUAAUGUGAA